AUGUCCAAGUACAAGUCUGGGGCGUACGCCGACGAGAAAAACAAUAUUAGGGACAAACACCUCCAAUGCCAAGGAACGCUGCACAUGGGUCAACAAUGGAGAGAUCUCGCGGUCCAAGUCCUCAAGCCGCAUUGCGGGUUACUGAAGGAGGAACGCCGCUUCAUUCGCCAGGAACGAACACAAGAUAGUCUCCCUCAGGUUGACGACGUUGAAGACGAUUCGUUCAGGGAAGUGAGGGUCUUGAGAAAGUUGGAAGUCGAACAGAAGGAAAAGUUGAGGAAAAGGGCUCGGCGCAACUCGGAAUGGAGCGCACGGACCCCGAGGAAACAGGCGCCACACGCCACACUGUGUCCUCUCAGGAUUAGGAAAAUUACCUUGCAGUGGCAUAGAAGAGCAGAGCAGAGUACGCAUACACGACGACAAUUGAAGAGUUUUCGGUAUCUUGAAUAUAUAGAUUAUGAUGUGGUAACGGAUGCCAGGUCAGACAGAGAGCGAACACGAAAAGAAUGGAAUGAGCCAGGUGCACGAGUAUGA